CUAAUUACAAUACGAGCCCAGUAUCGUCUUUUUGUCUUGAUAAGCCCGGUCCAAAUUUAUCUUCCCCUUCGCAGUUUGUAUUCGUCAAACGACCCCUUCUCUCUCUAAAAAGGUGCCCUACAAUCUACAUACUUCUCUCUGUUCGGUGUUGCUCAACGUAUUUCUAGAUUCAACAAUGGCGGCUAAGUACAUCCUCGGUUCCCUCGCUGGAUCUUUUGUUGUUGCUUAUGUCUGUGAUAAGAUAAUAUCUGAUCAGAAGAUUUUCGGAGGAACGACACCGUCAACUGUAUCAAACAAAGAGUGGUUCGAGGAAACAGACAAGAAAAUGCAGGCAUGGCCUCGUACUGCUGGACCUCCUGUGGUGAUGAAUCCUAUUAGUCGUCAGAACUUCAUCAUCAAAACUACUGACUCAUAGUCAUGAAAUCUUUUGUUCAUUUAGAUUUUCAUAAUUUUUGGAUUAAAAAAGGAAAUAUUGUAUCCAAGUUUGUUGAUUGGAGCUCAACUCUAUGCUAUUUGGCCUAAAAUAAUGAAAUUUGAAACACUAUACAGAGAAUUUCUACUGUCUUGUAAUUUUGCUACUUUUGGAAGGCGAUUUUAUCUUAAAGAUUAAUUGUGAGUU